GGCUUUCAUACUUGGUAUAUACACUGACUGUAAAACAUGACUUUAUGUUGGUAUAUUGUUUGCUAAUUAUGGUGUGAAUACUGAUAUCUACAUCCUCAUAUGUUUUCACAGGUGACUGAGAGGACAGAUAUCUGUGUUAUUUAUGAGCCACAGAAACAAUGUUAUAGACCAGAAUCCAUUUGGCUUUGGUGCUUUCACCAGUGAGGUGGAAAUCAGUGUUACUCUGGUAUGCAUCAUUGUUUAGAUUUAUUUCAGUGGAUGAAAAAAAUAACUUUCAAACCAAUAAGAUUAUUUUGUGAUUCUUUGUUUCUGUACUCAAAUUUAACGGACAAGAAAAGCUCCUUAAUGUGUUUGCCUGCCUCACAUUAUAAUUAUAAGAACAUUUAAAUGCAGGUAGAAUAAUGAGUUGAGGCAUUAUUCAAACGGAUAACAAAUAACACUUUUACUGAGCCAGUGUUGCUGCUACAUCCUCUAUGACUGACUGUGUUGCACGCAUAGUGCUCAUCAAAAAAAUGGAGAACUCCACUGAGGUUGUGUCUUUUGUGCUGUCUGCUUAUGGAAACAUUGGAAACUUAAAGUACCUGUAUUUCUGCAUAAUGCUAUUAUGGUACAUCUUAAUUUGUGUGUCAAACACAAUUCUUAUUGUGGUCAUAUACAUGGACAGAAGAUUGCAUGAGCCGAUGUAUUUAUUAUUAUGUCAUUUAUUUAUGAAUGAAAUAAGUGCAAGCACAUCACUAUAUCCUCUUCUGCUCUCACAGAUGUUUUCAGAUACACAUGAAGUGAUGUUGCCAUGGUGUUUUCUGCAGAUGUGUUGUUUCUACAUAUUUAGCUGUGUUGAGUUAUGCAGUUUAACAGCUAUGGCCUAUGACAGAUAUGUCUGUAUCUGUUAUCCUUUACAAUACAAUGUUUUGAUGAGCAACGGGAGAGUAGGUAAGAUCAUUCUGCUUGUUUGGAUUUAUUCAUUUACUAGCUAUAUGUUCUCAUUUUCAUUUGUCAUCCCUUUGAAAUUUUGUGGAAAUGUCAUUGACAAAGUGUUUUGUGACCAACAGUUAAUAUUUAAACUUUCAUGUUCAGUCUCAGUACUUACCAGCAUAUCUGACCUGUUUUUUGGCUUUAUGUGUUUAGUUUUCCCAUUUGUUCUCAUUUCAGUCUCUUACAUGAAGAUUUUGUGGGUUUGUCUAAAUGUGUCAAAAGAAAGCAAACAAAAAGCUAUAACAACCUGCACACCUCAGAUGGUCUCACUGGCAAACAUUUUUGUCGGUGGUAUUCUGCAUCUUAUGGGAUCUAUCUUUGAUAUUCCCUAUUUCCCAGAUAAAGUGCGCAUUAUAUUAUCCAUAUACCUCCAUAUACUUCAACCAAUGAUCGCCCCCUUCAUGUACGGACUUCACCUCCACAAAAUAAGGCAAUCGUGUAAAAGACUUCUGUUUGAUAGAAAAUAAAUAUUGUUAAUGUACUCUGAUGUAAUGUUUUUUUGAUGUAAAAAUAAAUGUUUCUCUUAAUGUGGCAAUGAUGUAUUUAGAGUAGGGGGUGUCAAUAGAUUAAAAUAAAAAUAACUAAUUAAUCGCACAUUUUGAAAUUCAUUAAU